AUGGACCUUUCCUUCCUCGUCAACAAAUGGCGACCGCCAGACGGAAAGCAGGCCAAUGCUGCUUGUGCAUCGCGCAAUCUGACCUACGCGCCCGCCCCCGAUCAGGUUGGCCUUGCCAUUGAACGUGGCGAGAGCUACAUCAGUUCGCUCAAACGCAAGGUCGACCAUCUGCAAACUCUGCAAGCAAACAAGGAAGCUCGACUGGAGCAUCAAAAUGUGCACCGCCAGUCAAUUGCAGAUGGUCCAAUGCCCGAACAAGACGACGGCGAGCCUGCCACCGCCAGCCAGACCGAUCACAUGGAAACACAACACUCGCGCGAGACUCUGGAUGAAAUCGGAAGUCUUGUGCUGACGGCCAUGGCCGAGCCUGGCGAUCAUGACAUCAUCUCCGCCUUGUCUACGAGCGCCUUCCUCAGAGCCGAAACUGGAGGUUUCAAGAGAAGCAGUGAUCCCAUCAACGACUUUCUGGAACAAUCGCAAUCCGACAUUGUCUUCCCGCAUGAUGCCACGGCUCAUUUUCUCGCAAGGUUCCGUGCCGAGUUCGAUGCCCGUUAUGGCCUUGACUACGACGAAUUGGCAGAUGACCACAAGUUGGUCGUGUUGCGCCACAAUGACCGAGAGGCAGUUGAGGGCGAGAUGACUUUUUCAUUCGCAUUUGUCUAUCUUGCCGUUGCCAUUGGCAUACUUGUGACACCGGAAGCGCGUCAUCAACGAAGCCUUGCUAUCAAGUUGCACCACGUUGCGACACAGAUGAUGACCAAGGACGAUCUAGAUCGAUCACCGCUGGCAGGACUGAGGUGCCUUCUUGCACUGACGAUAUAUGCGCUUUACAGCGAUCACGGAGGAUGUCCAUGGCGGCUGGUGAAUAUGGCUGCUCAACAGGCGGUGCUUCUAGGAAUUCAUCGAGGCUCUACAGGAGAGGGAGUUCCAAGUGUGACUGCUGCCGGUCGUAGAGUGUUCAUCUCAUUGUACCUUCUUGAAAGAAGUGUGACGUCGUCUAUGCACCGACCAUUCGCUUUGCAAGAUGAAGACAUCUCGUCGGCAUUCUGGCAUACGAACGACCAUCAGAGUGGGCGAUUCGAACCGGAGAGACUACACCUUGUCGACCAAGCCCAACUCAUAUCAUCUAUGCAGGGCGAGCUGUUGUUUCAGUUCAGCAGUUUCAGGCAUUGGGAAGAGACUCUGCCACUCAACUUCGGACAUGUCGACUCCUACAGCGAUGAGUCGGUAGACGCAAAUGGACACUUGCUGCAACUAUCCUGUCGAACGCUGGUCAGGAUAUCUUUAUCCGACAUUCAAGGUGUUCGCCAUUGCAGGCUACACAUGUUUGAGAAUGAAGAGUCUCUCGAAGAACAGACCCUGUCCCGCGCUCGAACCUUUGCUUCCCUCUUACGCAAACGUCUUGACGAGGGUACCUUGGUUCCAUGCAAACUCGAUUUCUACGAUCUACUGAGCGUUUGUGUUCUGUGUUGCUCGACAGUGGAAGACUCGAGAUGUACCAGUCGGCAACAUCUGGUGGACCUUCUGCAUCUGACGUUGGGUCUGUUCAAGGCCUUUGCCCAAGGUUUCGACGAAGCCAGACUGUUCGGAAAGGCACUGGAGAUGAUCAUCAGCCUCAAAUUCACUGACUCAACUGCCAUCGGGGUCGGCCGAGCCGAAGACACCCUUGUUCUCUCCAUGAUCGACACCCCGGGCAAAGUACCCCGCUUCGUUCGGAAAUUUCUCCACGACCUUCGAGUUUCGGACUUCCGACGGAACUCUGCCGAGACUCAUCCGGUGACUCAAGUGACCACCUACAUAUACUAG